UGUCGCUGCAGCCACGAAGCCGGCAAGAGCACUGUUGACCCUUACCGGUUCACCACACCCACAGCACCCACACAUCGCCACGCCAAUACGCCUCGUGCCCUUGGGUUCUCCGCCCGUGUCGUCUCCGUUUGCGAAAUUCCCAAGGGAACCGGAAGCCGUUGGGUGUGUGUUGACCGUGGAGUUUCGGGGGUCUCGCGAUUCUUAAGUCGGCGAUUUUCAGUUGCAUGUGCAUGGAAUGUUUUUAACAGUACUACUACGUAACUCGUGAGGGCAUUCGUUGUCGGUAUUUGCGUUAUCUUCGAUAAUUGUCCUGUGUGUGUUUCAUCUUGUUGGCCAUUGUGAUUGAAACUAACGGCUCUUUAAAUGUUUAUGGUAAUUGUUCGUUUACGGUGAUACGGGAGAUGAUUAUAGUGUAUAGGCCGAGUGAAUAGACCCUGUAAGUUGCAUAAUAAGCCUAGUGUUCUGAACUGAAACUACGUUAUCAGGUGUGAUGGAUUUGCCCAGCGCUCAUGAUUUGCUGAAAUACACCUUUGCCAGUUGUCAAUAAAAGAUGAUGUCAAGACUAUAUCAGUUUCGAGGACAUCCUGAUGACUAAAAAUUUGGCUCGGGAGCGAGUAGUUCUACGGGGUUCCGACAUGUCCAGAAGGAAACAGGCCAAACCACGUGCAUUAAAACGAGAGGAGUGGGAAGAAGGGGACGAAGAGGAAGAAGAGGAGGGCGAGGAGAAGGAGCUGGAAGAAGAAACAACGAAUUCUGCAGAAACGUGUACAAACGGGAUGGUUGAUGAGGACUCCAAACAGCCCUCCCGGAAGCCUCUGUCGAGCGUCCUGGAACUGGACGGUGAAAGCGGCAUCUCCAACAAUGCCAGUGAGAUGGAAGUCGAGGUAGGAGGAGGAGGAGGAGAAAGAGGAGGAGGAGGAACUGGUGGUUCCUCCGUCGCCAAAACCUCCUCCUCCUCCUCCUCCACCUCGGGCAAGGACUCGAAAGGCAGGAGGAACAACAGCAGCGUCGAUUCUCCUGCCGCUGCUGCCUGCGACGGUAACUCCACGGCGGCCGUGACCGCCUCUUCCAGAAAGGGUCAUCACCCCUCCUCGACCUCGUCCUCGUCCGCGGUCUCGGGCACGACUCCCGACCCGGCGGGGGCGGCGGGGGCGGCGGGGGCCUCUUCCCGAGCACGAGACCCCUCUCCGAACUUCCCGAUCUUCGGAAGCCACGAGGUCGCUCCGAUGACGAAGAGAGCAUUGGAUCACUUGAUUCAGGUAAGUUGAAGCAGAACUCUCAGUCUCGUAAAGGAAAGAUCAGCUAAAAUUUCCGACAAGAGGAAUUCGUACAGUAAGGGAAGUAGAUCUUGACCAUUUGCUUACCCAUUUUGUCUUUGUUAUUCAGAAUGAGUUAAUGAUCCCAAGAAGGACUCAAGGGGGCGUGAAUAUCCCUUAUGACUAUCCUGUGAUGUAAGUUUAGAUUUAAUGGCAAUCAGAAAAUACAUGGGUAUUCACAUUUUCCGAAUCUUAGGAUUCCAUAGCAUUCUAGAGAAAUCGUAGAACCCAGGAUUCGUUUUUCCCUCUAUGCAGUGUAUUGAAUCGUUUUCAUUUCUCUCUAUUGUAAUAGAUAAUUAUGUCUUUGAUGUAUCUUGGUGUGUUAAUUAUUAUACUUAUUUAUGAUAUGUGUAAUGCGUGCUAUGCAGCCACAUUCCUUAUAAGCUCUCCGCCUGAGAGAGAGAGAGAGAGAGAGAGAGAGAGAGAGAGAGAGAGAGAGAGAGAGAGAGAGAGACCUAAAUGAGUAAUCUGAAUAAUUUCGAGCGAAUAAAAGUGGGAUGUGAUGGCCAAACUUGUUCAAUGAAUGUGGGUCAUAGAAAAAUCGGUAGACAAUUCACAUAAUCCAACGAA